AUGGCAGGCCUUCGGUCACUUGAUUCCAUACCUAGAGCUCGCCAAGCUCAUAGCCCAGAAGGCCACAGAGUCUCCUUUGUUUCGACUCACAGAAACAUUGAGCGUCUUCCCAAACCGCCUCCGAAUUUAACCCAUCUAAUAGAAUUUGUCAAGAUUCAAUUGCCAAAAGGUGAUAAUCUAUCUGAAGAUGCAGAAUCCACCAUUGAUUUACCAUUCGAAAUGGUCCGCUACCUUAAAAUUGCCUUUGACGAGCUUCAACCAAGAAUCAUUUGUUUGUUGGAAGAUUCCUCACCUGACGGGGUUAUUGGUGAUUUUGCUCAAUACUGGUUAUACCCAGAAGCUGCUAAGCACAACAUUCCGUGUGCAUUUUUCAGUAUAUUUACUGCAACUAUUUUAAGCGCUACUGGCCCAACAUCACUUAUAUUGCAAAAUCACGAUGAUCGGGUGAAGCCUGAAGAUUUCACCGUGAAACCCAAGUGGGUACCCUUCGAAACAUCUGUUUCUAUGCGCUUCUUUCAAAUUAAUCGCCAGUUUAAGGAGGUAAUAAUAGACGGUGGUAAUGUUUCGGACAUGUACCGAUUGGUAGCCACCUUGACGGCUGUGAUGUGGGGGUGA